AUGAAUUUUGCGAAAGGGUUGAUUUUUGCGAAUAAAGAGGUGGUAAAACGUGCACUAACAAUUUACGCCGCAGAGCAUAAUAGAAACAUUGUGACUAGUAGGUUGACCAAAAGUAGAUUGUCUAUGAAAUGCGUCGAUGAGUCAUGCAUGUGGUACGUUGGGGCAGUCGAGAAGCCUGAACAUGAACUAUGGAUGGUCACAUCUUAUAGGGGUCCUCACAGUUGUAUACCCCUUGCCACGACCCUUGAUGGUAGAAUGAUAGAUUGUAAUUUUCUUGCAGCAGAAUUUGUUCCAUUGUUGCAAGAAAAACACAUGGCAACAAUUUAUCACCUCAGAGAUUUCAUCAAAGGGAAGUAUUAUGGGCAUAAACUUUCUUACUAUAAGAUAUGGGAUGCAAAACAACGAGCUAUUGCAAAGAUAUUCAGGGAUUGGGAAAAGUCUUACCAAAAGUUGAGAAAGUUAUUGUUGGCAUACUUGGAUCAAGAAACUGGCACCCGGUACUGGUGGCACACCAUACCCAGGGACGAGUUCGAUGAUACAAUAUUGCGCUAUGUAUUUUGGGCUUUCGCUCCAUGCAUUGAAGGAUUCAGACAUUGUAAGCCAGUGAUCAGUAUUGAUGAGACUCAUUUGUAUGGUAAAUAUCGAGGGGUGUUGUUGAUUGCAAUGGCCACCGAUGCCAACAACAAGGUUUUGCCUCUCGCUUUUGCCGUUGUGGACAAAGAGUCAAGGCCUAGUUGGAGGUGGUUUUUAGAACGCCUUAGGAUCUCAUUGGAAGAUGUGAUAGCAGAUAAGGAUAUUUGCAUAAUUUCUGACCGACAUAAGGGUAUUCAAAACGCAAUUGCAAACUAG